UAUCACAACUAAUUGCCUAUUUUUAUAUAAAAUGUUAACUUCAUCAUCUUCCUCACCAUAUAUCAGUGAUCCAUCAGAUCCAAAUUCGGGGCCAAGUGGUUACGACGAUAAUCAAUUAAUUGCUUUGAUUAGAUUUCACAGCAUUGAUAUUAUUAUUGGCGGUAUUUCUUCGUUUUUAUGUGCUCUUACUCUUCUUAUUUUUAUUUCUUCAAAACAAUUCUUUUUACAUAAUAAGUUACUAGCCCUUUUGGCAUUAGCUGACCUUUUCACAAGUAUUGGAGUGUUGGAUUUAGGUUUAAUGCGUAAAGGAUUGUUUACAACAGUCAUGGAGACUAGUAGAGUGCCUAUUGAGACCUCUUGGACAUGUGCAGGCAAACCGUUUGUCUAUCUCCGUCUUCUAGGGGCUCUGAUACCACCUGGAAUUGUUUUUUGGAUUAGUAUUGAACGCUUUGUUGCUGUUUAUGCUCAGAACAUUCCUUCAUUGGCCAUUCUGAUUUAUACAAUUAUUGCCGUAACAACUGCAUAUACAAUAGCCUGGCUAAACCGGAAUAAAGGGGCUGUGGAGGCCUAUUGUGGCAGAAAAGUUGCGUUUACUAAAAGCUAUACAACUUAUGUUUAUUUGGCCGAUGUUUUAGGCUUUGUAAUUGCACUUUUGGUUAACUGCAUAACCCUUUGUCGUCUUGGCCAUCUUUACUCUCAACGUGAAAAUCGUUUUGAAGUUAAAAAACAAGUUAGACGUAUUCACUAUUUAUUGUUGAUAUCGAUAAUGUCAACACUUACUGUAGCAAUACCUAAUGGUAUUUCGUUAGUUUCUGCUUGGUUUGGCAGAGAUUUCCGUCAAAGAGUCUACGAAAUUUUGGGCUGUUUAAGUGUUGAUGAUUGGCAAGAUAAAGGACGAGUGCUUGGGGAUACUGCAAGAAGUGGAGGUGGAGGAAGAAAUAAUGGAGUGAAUAAUGCUGGAUUUACCGACGAGGACCAAUUACCUAAACAAAACAAUAAUAAUAUGCCUUUGAAUAAUUUGGGUAAAUCAAUUACUAAUGCCGACAAUUUAGUUUCGGAUUCACUAAUAAAUCCAAAAGAAAAACAAAAAAGUGAACAUGUAAGAAAGGCAUGGACAACAAAUUCUAAAUUUCAUUUUGAUUCUCUUGAUCAUAUUUGA